GGUGGAAUGUUGUUCAGGCGGUUCUUCCGAAAUACAGCAGCGUAUGUUUCCACUCUCCUUUUGGAACUCAGCAACCGUCUUGGAUUUGUCAAGCCACUCGCUCCUCAGUGGAGGACAGUCCUGAAAGUGUCGCCAGGUAUAAGCGUACCCUAUUACUUCACGGAUCCUGAAAAUCGAUUUGCGGAACCGAACUUAACAGAUUUGGAUGCCGCGCAACAGCUGGAACACAGACAAGUCACAGAGCUGAAUCUGCAAGAAAGGAUAAGACUCAAUCCAUUUUGGUCAUUUGCCUUCGUACCCUGGAGUCAUUCUCCCAAGCAAUCCUUAUUUACU